UGAUGAAUCGCUCGCACCCUACCCAACCCAACCCUCCCCGACUCGCCGCUCCACGCCGCAGGCCCCCGCGCGCGCAGAGGCGUAGGCGAGCGAGCAAACGACACGGCACGACAGUACGGCACCAAACCCCAACCCCAACACCGGUCGCGCUCGCGUCGCACCGCCCCGGCAGCCAAGAGAGAGAAGCCCAGGAAAGGCCAAGGUGAUCGACGAGCGCACGCACGCACGCACGCGGCGCCGUCAGAAGGCCAGAGCGGGGGGAGAGGGGAGGAGGGGCUAAAUCGGGGAGAGGUCUCCGUCAUCUCCGACUCGCGGCGCGGCCCCCUCGCCGAGACCGACGGGCCGACGCAACCGAGGCGAGCCAGCGAUCGAGCGGGCGGGGGGCAACGCGUACAAAAAAACCCCCUCCCCUUCCCUUCCCUUCCCUCUCGGUCGCGUCGUCGCGUGGUCGGCGAAUAUUCGAGCGGCAACGGCAUAACACCAUUGUCGCCCGGGACGCGCGCUCUUUCUCUCUCUCUCUCUCUUCCUGGCGAUGGCGGCGGCGGCGGGGGAGGAGGUGGAGGCGGCGCGGUGGGCGGAGGCGGAGGACGAGAGGAAGGAGGGGCUGCGGCGGCGGCGGAGGUACGGGCUUGUGGAGUACCGGGCGCUGCCGGGCUACAUGCGGGACAACGAGUACAUCCUGCGCCACUACCGCUGCGAGUGGCCGCUCCCGCAGGUGCUCCUCUCCGCCUUCUCCAUCCACAACGAGACCCUCAACGUCUGGACGCACUUGAUAGGAUUUUUCAUCUUUCUUGUUCUUACCAUAUACACCGCAACACAAGUUCCAAAUGUAGUAGAUCUUCAAAGUCUGCAGCAUUUACCUGAUGUGCUGAGAAACGCUGAUCUUCAUAAGAUUCAGACAGAACUUGUGGCAUGCCUUCCUUCGUUACCUCACCUUUCUGACUUGCAAAAGCUGAAGGAUGAAUUGAAAAGCUCAUGGAAUUCAAUUGAGGUGCUUCCAUCAUUGUCCCGUUGGCACCUCUUGGAGUUACUAUCAAGUUGCUUGCCGCACAGAUUUACUCAUUCCAAUGAAACCAGUCUGUCUGUUCUUCAAAGCAUGAAGGAAGAUAUAGCAAACAUGAUUGCGCCACAGUUGAUUAGGCCAAUUCCGAGAUGGCCAUUUUAUGCCUUCUUGGGAGGAGCAAUGUUUUGCCUUCUUGCCAGCAGCACAUGCCAUCUUCUCUCCUGCCACUCCCGUCGCCUUGCAUACAUUAUGCUUCGCCUUGAUUAUGCAGGCAUUGCUGCUCUUAUCGCAACAUCAUUCUACCCUCCAGUAUACUAUUCUUUCAUGUGCUAUCCAUUCUUUUGCAACCUGUAUCUCAGCUGCAUAACUAUUUUAGGAGUGGCAACUAUUGCUUUCUCUUUACUCCCUGUUUUCCAGAACCCUGAGUUUCGGACCAUACGAGCAUGCCUCUUCUUUGGCAUGGGUGCAUCCGGCGUGAUCCCUGUCAUUCACAAAUUGAUCCUCUUUUGGCACCAACCAGAGGCAUUGCACACUACCGCAUAUGAGGUUCUGAUGGGCCUUUUCUAUGGCAUUGGGGCACUGGUGUAUGCAACUCGGGUGCCCGAGCGCUGGAUGCCUGGAAAAUUUGACAUUGCUGGUCAUAGCCACCAGCUUUUUCAUGUGUUAGUUGUUGCUGGAGCAUACACACACUAUCAUUCUGGACUGGUAUACCUCAAGUGGAGAGACGUGCAAGGCUGCUAGAAAUUAUCUGUGUGCUCGUAGGAUGUGGAUAGAUUGUAGGUGCCCUGCUUGUGUCCCGAAAAAGAGGACCGCUGAUUCUCUCUCGUCUUCAGAAACAAAAGAUGACUGUUGUUGUUGGCCAAAAGACUAGACCUGGUCUGUUGUAAAAUGUAACGGAGGACUUGCUAGUACUGUGAGAUACAAAUUGAUAAUGAGUGAUGAUCGGUACCUGUAAACUGUGGUGUGGUAUUGGCUGAUUUUUCAGGGUGCAACUCACUUGAUAAAUCAGGCCCUAUUAUUCCCAGAAAAUAACUAUUCAGUGAUACCACAGCCCCUGCUGUGCAUCUUGUGCCGCUA